AUGGAUGAGAUAAAGAGGAUUAGUAAGGAUGCCCAUGCCUACCUGGAGAAGAUUGACCCCAACACAUGGUGUAAGGGCUGGUUCAAUACAAAUGCCAAGUCUGCCCUCUUACACAAUAAUACAUGUGAGAGUUUCAAUUCUUGGAUAAAAAAUUUCCGUGACCAAACAAUCUUGAGCAUGUUGGAAUGGAUUAGAUGUAAGUUAAUGAGAAGGUAUGUAAGGAAGGAGUUGAUGAAUUCAAUGGAGGAGGCCUUAGGGCCAAAGAUUAGGAUGAAGCUAGAAAAAGAAGAUGAUGAAGCCAGUCACUGUUGGUGUACAUAUGAUGGUGAUGGUAUGUUUAAAGUUGAGUGCCUCGUGGAUGGUAGAACUUGUGGCUACAGAAAAUGGGAUGUAACUGGUAUCCCAUGUUCUCAUGCCAUUUUAGCCAUUUUACACCAAGGUGGAGACCCUACUGAAUAUUUGAGUGAGUACUACAACAAGGAGAAGUACCUGAAGGCAUAUGACUAUAUUGUCUACCUAGUGCCAAGUGAAGACCAAUGGCCUAAAAGCAACCAACCUAAAAUUAAGCCACCCAAAUCUAGGUCAACUCCUUGCAAACCUAAAAAACUCAGACAGAGGGGUGUUGACGAACCAAGAAACCCUAAUGCAAUGAGGAGGGGGGGCACUAAGAAUCAAUAUGGGCAUUGUAUGAAGUUUGAUCACAAUAAGAGAUCAUGCACUGCCAUGCAGAGACAUGAUGAAAGACGAGAACGUGUGAGACAAUAUAUAGAGAGAAUGCAUCAAUUGACUAGAAUUUGA